AUGGCUGACAAGGGUCUUGAGGAGGUUCCUGAGGGUCAGAUCGAGUCCAACUACGAUGAGACCACCGACUCGUUCGAUGCGAUGAACCUCAAGGCGGAGCUCCUCCGCGGUGUUUACGCGUACGGUUUCGAGCGUCCCUCUGCUAUCCAGCAGCGCGCCAUCAUGCCCGUCAUUAAGGGCCACGACGUGAUUGCGCAGGCCCAGUCCGGUACUGGCAAGACCGCCACUUUCUCCAUCUCCGUCCUCCAGAAGCUCGAUGCCAACAUCAAGGAGUGCCAGGCCCUCAUCCUCGCCCCCACCCGUGAGCUGGCCCAGCAGAUCCAGAAGGUCGUCGUCGCCAUCGGCGACUUCAUGAACAUUGAGUGCCACGCCUGUAUCGGCGGUACCAGCGUUCGUGAGGACAUGAAGGCUCUCCAGUCCGGCGUCCAGGUCGUCGUCGGUACCCCUGGCCGUGUUCACGACAUGAUCCAGCGUCGUGUCCUGAAGACCGACGCCAUGAAGAUGUUUGUCCUCGACGAGGCCGACGAGAUGCUUUCCCGCGGUUUCACGGAGCAGAUCUACGACAUCUUCCAGCUUCUGCCCCAGUCCACCCAGGUCGUCCUUCUCUCCGCUACCAUGCCCCAGGAUGUCCUUGAGGUUACGACCAAGUUCAUGCGCGACCCCGUCCGUAUUCUCGUCAAGAAGGCCGAACUCACCCUCGAGGGUAUCAAGCAGUUCUACAUUGCCGUCGAGAAGGAGGACUGGAAGCUGGACACGCUGUCGGAUCUCUACGAGACCGUCACUAUUACUCAGGCCGUCAUCUUCUGCAACACCCGCAGAAAGGUCGACUGGCUCACCGACAAGCUCACUGCCCGUGACUUCACCGUCUCGGCCAUGCACGGCGACAUGGACCAGGCGCAGCGUGACGUCAUCAUGAAGGAGUUCCGCUCUGGUUCUUCCCGUGUCCUGAUUGCCACCGACCUUCUGGCCCGUGGUAUCGACGUCCAGCAGGUCUCGCUGGUCAUCAACUACGACCUGCCCGCCAACCGCGAGAACUACAUCCACCGUAUCGGCCGUGGUGGUCGUUUCGGUCGUAAGGGUGUUGCCAUCAACUUCGUCACCGCCGACGACGUCCGCAUGAUGCGUGAGAUUGAGCAGUUCUACAGCACCCAGAUCGAGGAGAUGCCCAUGAACGUUGCUGAUCUCAUUUAA